AUGGCCGAGACUAUAAGUUUCGAUAUAAUUCUACCCGAAUUUCGCCCAUCCAGAAAUCUUAUCCGUAAAUGGGAUAAGUUAGUCCAUCCCCACUUUCACCAGGCUGUUUCUAACUGGGGCAAUGUUCGCCACUAUUUUGAAAUCUCACAAUUCAAGUCUUGGGAGGCUGCAAAAGCGAAGUUCAUAAGCUCCUUGAAGGUCAUAAGUGAUGAUCUAGAGGUUCCUAAGGAUACCAAAUGUGAUGCAAGGGAACUCAUUGAGCGCGCUAAGGGAAAUACUUUUUGGCUGUUUGAGUUUUGGCAUGAACAAACUGCACUCCAAGGAUCAAUGGAAAUUAUGAAUGUGAAAUCAAGUGUUGCUGCAAGUCUAGUUGUCAACGCCAAACUUCAGGAUAUUCCAGAAGAAUUCCAACGUCAAAUCAAAAAAAGGAAGAGCUCAAAUGAGCAGCCAGUUCUCAGGGAGUCAUCUUCUGAAUCAUCUUCAGAGGCAGCAUUAACCAGUCAGCAAAGUAGAAAUUAUGAAAUAGAAUCAGUCAGAUCAACCUCUAUCUCUAAUACUAACCCUAUUACUAUACCUAAUACACGUACAUCCCAACAUGAUCUGAUUAUAAAAGGCUUAAAUGUCACAAAAUGUCUGGAAGAGUAUCGUAACCAAGUUCUGUCCAAAAAAGAUAAAUAUCUAUCUUCAUGUGAACGACUUGCACUUAGCAUUAUUGCUGAUUGCACACCAAAAUCUGAGUUUAUAAAGUUUAUGAAUCCAACAGAAUCCCAGAUGAGGAGCCUCAUUGAAACCUUGAACAUGAAGCCUAGAAAUAUCCAAUCAUAUUCUUGGUAUCCACUAGCUAGUAAUAUCAUACAAGACAUUGUUAAUCAAUACAAAGCUGCAAAAGGCUCUCAGUCCAAUCCCACAAUUGGUGUACAGACAACAUGUUUUCAGUUGUGGCAAUACUGUCUUUGUCAGCUAUCACAACUCUCAAAACAAGAAGUGAACUUCAACAUUCAGAAAUAUAUAUUUGAACUUUAUUGUUAUUUCUUUGACAUCUUUCAGAACCAGUACAAUAUCCUAGAAGAAGAUCAGACUGAAGAAACAUUUGUAAUCAACUGCUUGGCUCCAAUUCUGAAGAUAUUUCGUGAUUCCUGCCAUCACAAGCUGCAAUAUGGAGACAGCUCUUCUGUAGCCAGCAGGAAUAGAUGUCUAUUGCAGCACGAUCCUGAUGCAAAAUGCUUACAGCAUGGCAGUAAAUGUGAUCUGGUAGUUACAUUACAAAACAGCUGCAAAGAAAUUUUGAUUGGAGAGAACAAAGGGCCACGGGAUGCAAUACUUAUUGCUGAUGAUGCAGAGAAGGGCUCCCAGACUGUCAAAGACUGCCUGGAUGAACUUAUCAGGGGUCUCCCAAAUGGUGCAUGGGAAAAGGAUACAAAGCUUCUUUGCUCUUAUGGUUUACGCAUGACUGGAUUUGAGGGGUUUGUACACCAGCUACAACUGCCUGCUUAUAAUACCUAUAUUCAGAAUGAUAUUGGACACUUCACAAUCCCAAGAAAUGUCUCACAAAUUCACCACAUUGCAAAAAUUGUAUAUGUCAUGUUAAGUUUACUGGAACAAUUGAAUGAGCUGAAUGCAACCUUACUGAGGAUUGAGGAAGCUGCCAUGGAAAUGCUGUGGUCCUGUAAGGAGCUCAGAACGCCAGAGGUAUAA